GUUGGCUUCUUCUGAAUAAUGUCCCUGACUCCGCCUCUUAGAAACAUCGUUAGCAUCUCACACGUUGUACAACGCAACCGCCGCUGCCCGCAUCCUGUCGGAAGCUGGGGAGAGCUCAUGUGCAACUUUCUUCUUCUCAUGCUACAGUUCAAACACUUCUGAUACGAGAUUCGAGAAAUGGCAGGCGAGCUUGCCAGGGUGAGGUGUGAGUUUGUGGACAAGGUGUCCAAAGUAGUGAUCAAGCAGCUCCUGGACGACCUUUUAGGUGAUGGUGUCUUGAGUGAUGGCCAGAAAGAUGCGAUACUUGAAGAAAACAUUACUACAGCAGACAAGGCACGCAGUCUCAUUGACAUAAUAAAGAAGAAAGGAGAUGUAGCCAGCUGGAAGAUGAUCGCUCACCUUUACGCAAGAGAUUCAACACUUCACUCUGAACUGGGUCUGUCCUGCGGUCCACCUGCGCAGCCGGCUGCAGAGCAACAGAAGAAUGAGGUCUGGUCCACGACGCUCAUUCCUACCACCGAGGCAUUCUGGAUGGAGAAAGUGAAGGAUGGAAAAACUUACCCUGCAGACAAAAAUUCCAUCAGGAAUCGUGUGGCCCUGCUAAUCACUAAUAUAAAGUUUAAGAGAGAAAGUUACAGAAAUGGAGCUGACAAAGACGAGGAGAACAUGGAGAAACUGCUCAAAGCCCUGGGAUACGAGGUGGUGAAAUACACAAACCUCACAGGAAAGCAAAUUGAUGAUGCUGUAAGGGAGUUCUCUGAACAUCCAAAACUCAAAGAGACAGACAGUGUGGUGGUGGUUAUCAUGUCUCAUGGGAAACUGGGAACUGUCCUCGGUUGUGACAAUGAUGCUGAGAACCCAGAUGAGUUCCCCAUCAACAACAUUUACAAACACUUGGACUCAAAGAAUUGUCCAGCGCUGCUGAACAAACCCAAGAUCAUCUUCAUCCAGGCCUGCAGAGGAGGGAAUAAAGGAUCAGUGCUCCUUAGUGACGGUGCAGGGGUCCGUGAUGAUGCAUCACAGCCGGGUCCGCCCCUGUGUGCUGACAACGAAAACAUCGAGGACGAUAAUUUGAGAUUUGUACACAAAGAAAAAGACUUCACUUGUCUUCUUUCCACCACCCCCGAUACAGUAUCAUACAGACACAGAAUGAAUGGGUCUUUUCUCAUCCAGUACAUUGUUGAUGUAUUCAACACCUUCGCCUGUAAGGAACACAUUCAGGAGCUUUUCCUAAAAGUCACGCACCGCUUUGAAAAGAAUUUCAUUGAAGGCCAGAUGCCGAACAUGGACAGAGUCUCUCUAACAAAGCACUUCUACUUCUUUCCAGGCCUCUAAGGGCAGGAUUCACUCUUGUUUAACACAGAUUUUUUGCCACAAUUUAAAUUAUGUUGCAAUGUUUUUUGAAGUUAGCUACUUGGUAUAAGGAUCACACUUUUGGAUCAAUCACUGAAUGGGCCUGCCGGGCGAGGGGCCAGUGACCCAACCGACAGAAAAAAUACGCCAAUAGACGUAAAUUGACAACUAAGACCCAACCUAGAUCUACAAAGAUAAAGUUCUGUAAUUUUGUGUCUCUUUUAGUCUUUAUGUUUUGCUCUUUUGUAAUUGGGGUGGGGGAAUCUUACAUGAGUCAUAUAAUCUAUUCUUGACUAUUCAUUUAUAUUUGUAUAUAUAAUUAACAGUGUGUAAGCAUUUGAAUUAAAGGAACAUAAACAUUUUUAUAAACUUACAUUUAACAGGUUGCUUACUCAUGACCAUCAUGCUAGUCAACAGAAUAAUUGAUGAUUGGCUUCACCAGGGUCCUAGUUAUUCCAUCAAAUUUAAAAACACAAGAAAUCUAAUUCAUGAAAUCACUUGGAUUUUCAAAGCAAACAUUGUUUUUCAUUUGAAAUGUCUUAAACGUUACCAGACAGCACUGUCAUUAACUCAGACACAGUGCCUCUGUUAAUCAUCAGUACUUUAGCAUGAAAUAUUAAUAACUGUGCAUAACUAAAAAGCUAGUUUGGAUUCUUAAGGUGACAUUAUAUCAUUGAAUGGGCAUUUACUGUACUUUUGUAAGUUUUGUCCAGGUAGGACACUAACAUUCAGAACUAUGAUGUUUUCUUGUACGAAUAGUUGGGCUAGGCUGGGGAUGUCUGCUGUUACGACUACAACUAUGUCAUGCUCUUUUACUUUAUGUGUGUCAAUAAGUUAUCCAAAUAAACUUGACUUAAGUU